AUGGAAACCAUUAAAAGGACUAUUCGCAUCACAACCCGGCAGAAUAUUCUCGAGGACCUACCUCCUGCCCAGGAAGGAUUUCCCAUGCGGAAAUGGAGCAUCGAGGUGCACGCCCUUGGCCCUGAUGGAGAAGAGCUGCCGGCCGUGAUGUUCGACAAGUGUACCUACAAGUUGCACCCAACUUUUGUGAACCCAACCCGCGUGGUUAAGACCCCGCCAUUCCGUAUCGAGGAGCAGGGAUGGGGUGAGUUUGAUCUGAGCGUUACACUACACACUAUUGGCGGCGGCGACAGCGUUUUAGCCCAUGACCUGAACUUUAGCCAAAACGUCUAUACCGUCGAUCACGAAAUCUCUUUCCCUACUUCCCGUCCUACUUUAUUGUCUCUGCUUGCACAGAGUGGGAGCGUGCCUGAAGUUCCCAGCGGACCUGUUGCUGGCAACACCGCACCGUCAAAGACGCCCGAGCCAGUGCUCGGUGACAAGCGGCCCGUCGAGAAUGAUGAAAAGCCUCGAGCCAAGAAGCCCAAGGUUGUUGAGAAGGGUUCGGUGGAUUUGGAAAAGCUGGCUUUGGGACUCGAAAAACUCAGCGAGGAGGAUGUGCUUGGAAUUGUUCAGCUUGUGAUUGACAAUAAAACCAACGAUAUGUACAUCAAAAAUGACGCCGACUCAGGUGAGUUCCAUAUGGAUCUGUACACCAUCCCUGAUCGCCUGCUCAAGAGUAUGUGGGAAUAUGUCAAGAAGCGGGUCGAUAGCUUGUAA